AUGCAGGCGCGUCCCCUGGAGGCUCCGAACGCAGAGAACGGUGCCAGGGGUACAGGCAACUCUGGGCACGCGGGCGCCCGCCGGGCCAAAGGAGCGGCCUUCCCAGAGGAAGUGAUGCCUGAGCUCCGCCAGGCGGCUUCAGACCGGUCUUCGCCAGUGGUCGGUGGAGCUGUGCCAGGCGCAGGCAUUCCCGGCGGAGGGUGCAGAGCGGGCAAAGGCGCAGAGGCCCCUUUCCUUCACUGGCCACAUCUGAUUCGCUCCAUCAAUGACCCGGAGCAUCCGCUGACACUAGAGGAACUGAACGUAGUGGAGCAAGUGCGGGUUCAGGUGAGCGACCCCGAGAGCACAGUGGCAGUGGCCUUCACCCCCACCAUUCCUCACUGCAGCAUGGCUACCCUCAUUGGCCUGUCCAUCAAAGUCAAGCUCCUGCGAUCUCUCCCCCAGCGUUUCAAAAUGGACGUGCACAUUACGCCAGGGACCCAUGCCUCAGAGCAUGCAGUGAAUAAGCAACUUGCAGAUAAGGAGCGGGUGGCAGCUGCCCUGGAGAACACCCACCUGCUGGAGGUUGUGAACCAGUGCCUGUCGGCCCGCUCCUGAGCCUGGCUUUUCGAAAAGCCUCCAGCCUCACCCAGGGCUCAUGACCUUGUCUUCUUGAAUCACUGACAAUAAGAAACUCACACUUUGCAUUUUGUAAUAAACCCUUAAUUUAUAUUCA